GGCAGUUGCGGUUUCGCACAGAAACCACAGCAGAAGAGACAGAGAGUGCCGCGGUCUGAGGAAGGUAUCAACCUGCCACCUUGUUGAAAAGCGAGUCAUUUGUGCGUCCGCGUGGAUAAUCGAUCAUGGAACUACUGGUUCGAUAUCUGGAGAGGAGCAACUCGGUUAGCUCUGCUUUGACCUCAGAUACUGUGAAUGAGGAGAAACUGAGAGAUGACCUGAAGUACUACUUCAUGAGUCCAUGUGAGAAGUACAGAGCCCGACAACACAAACCCUGGAAACUGGGAGUGCAGAUCCUGAAAAUUGUCAUGAUCACCACACAGCUCAUCCUGUUUGGCCUCAACAACCAGCUGGUGGUUUCCUAUAAGGAGGAGAACACCAUGACAUUCAAAUACCUGUUCUUAAAGGACUUCACCGGAGUGGAUGAGGACGACUACAGUGUUGCUGUCUACACUCAACAGGGUGUCUAUGACAGUCUGUAUUAUGCACUAGAUAAGUACAGCCAGUUGGGCCGGCUCUCCACCGGUCCCAUCUCAUACGCUGAAGAUGAGGAUGGAAAACUGCUUCCACUCAUCAUCUGUAAAGAAUACUAUAAGAGGGGCAUGGUGGAGCCUUCAGAAGAAGCCUACGACAUAGAUGCUCAGCUGGAGACAGUUUGUACAUCAUAUUAUCCGAACACCACAAACCUGCAUAAUUCAUCCUUUUUUGAUCUGGAUUUUUACAGGCUUGUUGACAUCAAAAUAACCUUCCAGCUGAAGGGAAUCAACCUGCAGACCGUGCGUUCAAGGGAGCUGCCUGACUGCUACUCGUUCUAUGUCAUGAUAAGAUUUGACAACCAUUGUCACAGUGGAAAGGUGAAACUAUUCCUGGACAUAGAUGCUCAGAGCAAUGCGUGCAGAGACUGGAAGAUAUCUGGAACGGCUCAGAAGAACACGCACUAUCUCCUGAUAUUUGACGGCUUCGUUAUUGUGGUUUGCCUCACAUCAGCAGUGCUAUGUACCCGCUCUAUCAUUCUGGCUGUGAGGCUACUCCAGAGAUUCUCCCAAUUCCUCCAUGAGAACUAUAAUCGCAAAGUGUGUGAGGACGAUCAGCGGGAGUUUCUGAAUGGCUGGUAUGUGCUUGUCAUCAUCAGUGACCUCAUGGCCAUAAUUGGAUCCAUACUAAAGAUGGAAAUACAAGCAAAGAGUCUGACUAGUUAUGACGUGUGCAGUAUCUUCCUGGGAACGUCUACAUUAAUGGUGUGGGUUGGCGUGAUCCGGUACCUGGGAUAUUUUCAGAAAUACAAUGUGCUGAUUUUAACUAUGCAAGCCGCUUUUCCCAAGGUCCUGCGUUUCUGCUGUUGUGCUGGCAUGAUAUACCUCGGCUACACCUUCUGUGGGUGGAUCGUACUCGGCCCAUACCAUGAGAAGUUUGAGGGCCUGAGUCUGGUGGCGGAAUGCCUGUUUUCCCUGGUGAACGGCGACGAUAUGUUCUCUACCUUCGCCCAGUUGAAGAACACAAACACGCUUGUGUGGCUCUUUAGCCGGGUGUAUCUCUACUCCUUCAUCUCCCUGUUCAUUUACAUGGUGCUGUCACUCUUCAUCGCCCUCAUCACAGAUGCUUACGAGACCAUCAAGAACUACCAGAGAGAUGGAUUCCCAUUGACAGACUUGCAGAAGUUCCUCACAGAGCAGAAAGAUUUCCCUGUUGUUGAGGAAAACAGUUUGACAGAUGUUCACAUCAGAAACACCGUGCUCUGCUGCUGUGAACGAGUUCCUGAAAAUGACAGCGUCAUACUAAUUGGCUGACAACUUUCCUACCUCUUGAUGAGAAGGUUUAGGGAGGAGUGCUGGGAACUGGACUGAUGAGCACUUUGGAUGCUUCUGCUGAGACUUCUAUGGAAUAUGUUGCAAUACCCUUCAGUCCAACAUGAAAGGAGUUCCCUCCAUUAAACAGGAAUGUGAAGCUCAGUUUGAAGAGCAGGAACUGGUACGAGGACGAGAAAAGUGUCAAAUGUUAUUUGACUCUGUCUGUUCCUGAGAUUUGGGAUGAGUUUAAUUGGGCCUUUUUUUAGGCACGUAUAUGCAUUAGUUGACAAAUAACUCGAUUCACUGUUUUUGUCACUGGGUCGAUGCAAUGCAGGAUUACUUUGUCAAGUGUUAAAAUGGAGAGUGAGGUGAAGUCAAUAUUGUACAUACUGUAUGUAUUGUGUUUCCUUUUGUUCCUGCAAAUGUGCAACACCAUUAAGAUUAAUUUAUUUACAUAAUGAUUGUAUUACCUGUAAACCAGAUAUAAAAUGUUAAUCAAUGA